GGGCCGGUGACACACCGCCGAACAGAGAAGCUCGUAGCUCUGCUAGACACGAACCUCUGCUGCUGUGCCUCACGACUACACGUGUGCGCGUUCCGGACGGGUGAGAGAAGGCAAGGAAAAUCGGACUGCAGCCAGGCUGGUGCUUUCGUUCGAGCCAAUACACGCAACCGAGCGAGGUGUAAAACAACAGGACUGCUGGAACAGCCCACCGCUGAUCCCAUCAAAAUGGAGGCGACUGCUGUUGAGCAGCAGCGAGAGGCCCGAAGGCAGAAGGUGCUGGCCCGAAGCCAGGGCGGGCACCGCGCUCCGGUGGUCGACCUCGCCACCGAGCAGAAGGAGAUCGCCCCACGAGGCGUUACGGCCGACCUCGACGACGAAGUCGGCGCGGUCGUCGACGACCAUCCUCUCCCUGCCCCUGAAGACGCGGGGAAGUCGGCCUCCCGCCUGGCGGCGGAGCGGCGGCGACAGAGGAUCCUAUCCAGGAGCACCGAGCGCAUGGCCAAGGUGCAGGGGGACAGGGUCAUCCGGAGCGGGGACGCGGCGGAAGGAGAAGAGAGCUUGGAUGAUAUGUUGCAAGCGGCCGAGGUGGAGUUCUUCGGAGAGAAGGAAGAGGGGACAACAGGCGUCGCGGAAGUCAAGCCGGCGGCCACUCGACAGCAGGCGUAUUUCAAGUCCGGCGGCGGCGGUCUUAGCCGAGAAGAGGGGGGGGGGG